CGGGAUGUUUUCAAAGCCGCCGCAGCUGCCGGAGGUUCGGGGACGGGAACAAGGACGAGGCGGUGGAGGGGAUGAAGUACAGGGUGAGGGUUCUGCAGCGGGAGGUGGAGGAGAUGAUUUGCAUCCGGGAGGAGGAGAGCCGGAUGCUCGAGCGCGAGACCCUCCUCCUCGCCAUUAGAGAGGCGGAGUGGAGGAAGGAGAGGGAGGCGCUCAAGGACCAAUUGAACAUGUUAAGGAAUAUGUUCUUUUGCGACCAAAGACCAAGAUUCUUUAGCAGCAGUAGUAAUAGUAAUAAUAAUAAUGGUGAAGAAGUUUGUUUAGAUGAGAUGAUGAAGAUUAUAAGAGAUGAUGAAGGUGUUGUUGACAACAAGUGGAAACGCCUCUACUUUGCCAUCAAGGUCGAACUCGAUCGCCUCAUUCUCACCACCAACAACGACAACAGCACUCGUAGUAAUCGAGAUAUGGAGGAGGAGGUGAGAGGCAAGGAGGAAAGGAUUAGGGAUCUAGAGUCAAGAAUUGCAUUCUUGGAGCAGCAGGAAUUGAGGAGACAAAGGGAACUUGACAUCUUGAGGCAGAGCUUGAGGAUUAUGUUUUACUACAACAACCACAACAACAACCAAGCAUUGUCUUUUCAUCUCAAUUAAUUCAUCAAACAUAUCAUAUAUAUAUACUUCAUCCAUCCCUAAAAGAUUUUUCUAUUUCAUUUUUGCACAUCUCAUAAAACACUUGUAUCCCGCCUCAAAUGCUAAAAAAAACUUUCAAAAUAAUUUCUACCCACAAUAAAUGAGAAAUAUGGUAAAUUUUAGGCAUUUUAGAUGUAGGUAGAAGUGUUUUAUAGAAUGCGCAAAAAAUGAAACAUGAACAUCUUU